AUGGCUAGCACCACUGUCGCGAGGUCUAGCCCUCCGCUUCCUCCUAUCCCACAGUCCCCUUCUGAGAUGGAGGGCGGUUAUCUCGCUGCAACAAAUCCACAAGGCCGCCGCAGCUUGUCUACACACAUUCCCAGCGGGCAGCAGUCCUCGGCCUCGUCCUGUGUCCAACAGGAAGAGGCUAAGGUACGGUGGGACUCUGACAGCGAGCUCAAGGUCGUCUCAAGGUCUUUGCUUCGGGUUCAGAAGUGGUCACUACUCAUCGGACUCUGCUGCAUCAACGCCGCACUCAUUUACGUCGCCUUCACAUACUACCAAGCAUGGAUCCUCUUUGUUAUCCUUCUGUCUUCGAACACCAUGCUUCAGUUCAUCAUGAUCUUGUGCAUCGUUGCGCACACAUUAGUCACGCGUGUCUUGUGCUUCUGGAUUUUCCGGAAGGAGAACAAGCCCGAGAGCCCAGAGCGGUUCGUCAUGUUGUUGCCUUGCUACAACGAGACGCUGGGCGAGCUGACCAGAUCGCUGGAUUCUCUCAUCGCACAGAAGAAUAUCGACGACCACCCGCGAACCAUUUUCAUCGUCGUCGAUGGCAAUGUCAAGGGUCCUGGCAUGGAAAAGACCACGCAGCAGUAUCUCCUGGAGGACAUCCUCGAGCCUGGCCCCUCCCGCACGUUUGAAAACGGCUACCGCGCGCGCGAUGGCCUGUUCAUGCCUACCAAAGUUCAGACGGGUUUCUACAAGGGAAUACCGUAUGUCUUCGUCGGCAAACGCUACAACCAAGGCAAACGCGACAGCUUGUGCUUUGCGCGUUCCUUCAUCUACCACUACCAAGUGCGAUCCGCCAAUGUCAUGACAAUGUUCAACAAUGACCUGUUCGAAUAUAUCGGAAACGCUUUUAUGCAGCACGGUCUGGAGCACAUUGAGUAUUUGGUGGGUAUGGAUGCCGACACGGUGUUUGACCAGUUUUGCAUCUGGGAAAUGAUCCGCGAAAUUCGCAAAAACCCCAAGCUUGUUGGUGUCUGCGGCCACGUGUGCGUGGACUAUGACGGGAGCAACUGGGGUCUGUGGUCUCUUUACCAGUCCGUCGAGUACUCCCAAACCCAGGGUCUUCGUCGUCUCUUCCAGUCACGCAUCACGGGAAAAGUCAACUGUCUUCCAGGCUGCUGCCAGCUCAUCAAGGUCGAUCAAGCUACGUUCGGAGAUGAGGUUCUGCGCGAACGCUUCGGAUACUGCCCUAAGCCCAACGACAUUAUGACGAUGCACAUCAUGGGUAACUACUCAGAGGACUCUAUCCAUGCGAGCAUCAUAUUUAGCCUCUUCCCCAAGCGACAGACAGCCCAGGCGCUCCGUGCCAAGGCUUUCACCAUUGUCCCUCAAAACUGGACCGUUUUCCUGUCACAGCGCAAGCGUUGGGCGCUGGGCUCCAUUACCAACGAAUUUGUCAUGAUAUUUCGCCCAGGCAUCAUUCUUGUGGAGCGUCUUCAGUCCAUCGUCGCGGUCUUGACGUGGUUCAUCACGCCCUUCAUCAUGGCGGCCGUCGUCAAGCUGAUCCUCAUAUUGAUCGAGCGGGGUGAUGAACUGUUCUACUCGCUCUGCAUUGGCUUCUGGCUCCCCCGCAACUGGUUCGAGAGCGCACAGUACUUUGUCGGGUACUUUUUCCACUUCAUCACCUCGCCCUUCUGCAACGUGGUUGUGCUCGUCUACUCGCUCUUCAACUCGGACGAUUUCAAGUGGGGCAAGACACGCGAGGUCAUCGACCCGGAAGGCGAAAAGGGGGAUGGCCUUGGUGGCCGUGGAACACAUUAA